CUAUCUCCCAGAGAAGACACAUUCUACCAGAGAAGAACUCAACUUCGCAGACACUUGUCUCCAACGACACAAAAUGGCUUCCAAAUACAUCACAGAAAUUGCAAUCUCCACUACCCGUGAAAUGGACCAACAGCUUCAUGACCAAGACUAUGACAAGAUAAAUGUCAACCUCAACUUAGGCACUUCAUCCACCACCAGAGUUUACAUCUGGUACAAAAAGGGCAAUGGUAAACCCAUCACCAGAGUCCAGUUUUCAUUCACUGCUGAAAUGAAAGAUGUCCUGAAAAAAGCAGGGUUCACUGAGCUCCCAGAAAACCUCAACCCUGGAACACAAGGAGACGUCAUCCAGCUGUGGUACUCUAGUGGUGCAAGCCCUAAGUAUGACAUUCCCAUUGAAGAUCUCUUCCUCACCACUAAUGAGCAAGAAGAGGCCCACCAAUUCAAGCUCGGCUGGGAAAGGUUACCAUGCAAUCUGAACCGCAGUAACUCAGGAGAUUUCAUCACCCUCUGGUUGAAGAGAAAGAGUAAGACCUACAUCUGUGACGUUGCUGCCGCCACCUCAUUCCAACAACACAUCGACCUUUCCAAAGAGGGCUAUAUCCGUCUGGAUGAAGAUCUCAGUAGAGGUUCUGGAGGAAAACCCAUCUUCCUCUGGUACCGUCAAUCCACCACAGUGGGCGGCGGGAUCACUGAGAUGAAUGCAUGCAUCAACCGUGAGCAGGAUUCCAUCCUAGUGGAGCGUGGUUUCACCGUGGUGAAUGUUAACCUCAAUGAGGGAACAUGCGGUCAGCCAGUGUAUGUCUGGUUCAAGAAAGAUGGAUCUCUCCCUAUCAAGGCCUUGACCGUUACAUCCAACCCUGAUGUAACUGGCCCUUAUGACGAGGCCGGCUUGAUCCUCAUCGAUAGAAAUCUGAAUGCUGGCAACAGUGGUAUGCCCCUCUACCUCUGGUAUGGCAAAUAAAAACCUGAGUUGGAGAGGCAGAAUCAGCCCCAAAAUAUGGCCAGAUAUUAGCUUUUGCAUGGCAAUAUAUCAGUUUAAUUUUUAAAUAUUUUUCUUACACUCAAUGUUAUCUUCUAUGUCAUAAAGUCACUGUCGGAGAAAAUUUAGAACGUUUUCUUUAAUGUUGUUUUCAAUCAAUUAACAAUUGAAUUAUAAAAAUCAUAUUUUAGCAGCAGGUUUAAGUCGUCUGAAUAUACCAAGGGGUUGUAAGGUUUAAUGUUGCAUUGUGUUAGUCAGAUAUUAUUUUGAAAAACCUGAGUAAAGUAAUAUAAUUAAAAUGAUUCCUGUGUAACACUGAUCAUUCUGUUAAUCAAUAAAGAAAGCAUAGUAAAUGAGAACAUUGUACCUUUUAAUUCAUCAACUGCUUGAUCUUAUCACAAAGGCCUGAUAACACCUACUGUACAUUAACAUUUAUAUUAUAAUGACCAGGAAUGGGAGAGUACAAAGUUCACAAAUGCACACUAAGGUUGAUAAUGUAAAAAUCUGAUAAAUAACAUAAGGUCGUACAGUGUUUGUUUACAAUUACAUCGUUGACAAACAAAGUAAAGCAACAUUGUGUUGUCAUGAGUAUCAAUAAUAAACAGUUGUUAUGUUCACUACUCA